CCUCGGUUGCCGUGGGAGACGACCUGCGACCUGAGAGUGUGCAUUGCCGUUUCCCGCCGGCGGGAGCUGCAGCUGGGGGCUGAGCAGAAGCUUGAACAAGCCGCACCACCAUGGCGGAACAGCUGUAUCUCGAAAACAUAGACGAGUUCGUCACCGACCAGAACAAGAUCGUGACUUACAAGUGGCUAAGCUAUACACUAGGGGUUCAUGUUAACCAGGCCAAACAGAUGCUGUACGAAUAUGUUGAAAGGAAGCGGAAGGAGAACUCGGGAGCUCAGCUGCAUGUUACCUACCUGGUGUCUGGCAGUCUUGUACAGAACGGACACUCUUGCCACAAGGUCGCAGUAGUGAGAGAAGAUAAACUGGAAGCAGUGAAGUCCAAGUUAGCUGUGACUGCCAGCAUCCAUGUGUACAGCAUCCAGAAAGCUAUGCUAAAGGACAGUGGGCCUCUGUUCAAUACCGACUAUGACAUCCUUAAAAGCAAUUUGCAGAACUGCAGCAAGUUCAGUGCCAUACAGUGUGCAGCUGCGGUACCCAGAGCGCCUGCAGAGUCUUCCUCUUCCAGAAAAUUUGAGCAAUCAAAUCUUCAGGCAGCAAGUGAGGUACAAGCCAGUGAGCUGACCACCAAUGGCCAUGGCCCACCUGCCUCCAAACAGGCUUCCCAGCAGCCCAAAGGAAUUAUGGGAAUGUUGGUCUCUAAAGCUGCUACUAAAACCCAAGACACCAACAAGGAAACGAAAACAGAGGCCAAAGAAGUAACAAAUGCAUCUUCAUCUGGGGGCAAAGCACAAGGAAAAGGGAAUUUGAUGAGCAACUUUUUUGGAAAAGCUGCUAUGAAUAAACUUAAAGUCAGUUUGGAUUCAGAACAAGCAGUGAAAGAAGAGAAAACAGUGGAGCAGCCUUCAGUGUCUGUCACCGAACCAAAGCUGGCAGCUCCCACAGCUCUGAAGAAAUCCAGCAGAAAGGCAGAGCCUGUGAAGAUGCAACAGAAGGAAAAAAAAUGCAGGGGGAAGCGAGCAGACUUAUCUGAUGAGGAAGCCAAGGAAACAGAAACCCUGAAGAAAAAGAGGAGAAGAAUCCGGCUCCCUCAGUCCGACAGCAGUGAAGAUGAAGUCUUCCCAGACGCUCCUGAGAUGUAUGAAGCAGAGUCACCAUCUCCACCUCCUGCAUCUCCACCUCCUGAUCCUGUGCCAAAGCCUGAGCCCCCUCCUGUCAAGCGUUCAAGUGGAGAAAACAAAAGAAAACGGAAGCGGGUACUGAAAUCGAAAACCUUUGUGGAUGAAGAAGGCUGCAUAGUGACUGAAAAAGUCUACGAGAGUGAAUCCUGCUCAGACAGUGAAGAGGAGCUUAAGGUGAAGCCCGCCCCAGCACACAGACACCCUGCUGCCACUGUGAAAAAGGAGCCCAGAGAAGACCGGAAGGGCCUCAAGAAAGGGGCCGCUGCUCUGGGCAAAGCCAACAGACAAGUGUCCAUCACUGGCUUCUUCCAGAAGAAGUAAAUGCUGCCUCUGGAAGGACUUGGUGUGGUCAAGGGAGAAGACCAAGAAGUAUAGACUGUCGCUUACUGUGUAAGUUUGCCUGGCUCGUGCUGCACCUGUGUCAAGAUGCUGCUCUGCCGUUAUGGGACACCAUUUCUGUUUUUUUCAACCAAAAGGAAGUCACCUGGAAGCAGGAGGCAAAAGAAUAUCUUAAAGCUGUUACAUUGUGAUGAGUUUAUAAAGCACAAUCUUUAAUCUGCCUAGGAGAAUUCAUUCAAGAAUUACCUGGGCCCCGCUCACCCCAUGCCAUGUUCCUCAUCUGGUCCUCCGGAUGCUGUGAACUUGUGACAAUGUUUUUAUUUUAUGAACUCUACUGGAUGUGUUCGCCACUUCUCUACUUUCCUCUCCCUACUGCCACACUUCUGUCCCCUGGCCCCACAAAUCUCUUUUCUGUAAAUCUUAUAAACCAUGGUCAGACAAAAAGCUAAAACUAAAAUCUUCCUCUAACCCCCUGUCUCCAUUGAAUGAUAAGUGACACUCAGCUCCAGGCCAGGCCAGUGCCUGUUGUCCGUUCUUUCAUGGCAGCUCUCUAGGACCGUACUCAUACCCAGUGGUUAGGGCAGAGCACAGACAGAAGUUUACCAGUGUACCCAACUUUACCAGAAGUGACGUAGAGUCUCAUGGUGGGCACUGACAGCAGUCCUGUUGCCAACACAGGGUAUCAAUGUACUUAUGUUUGUGUUUUUUUUCUCCCAAAUAUUCCAUACUUAAUACCUAGAAAGUAGGACCAUAUAGUGAGAUGAAAGGGUAAAAAGAGAAAUGCUUGCUGCACACCAGAUAGAAUUUCUCCCUCUUAAGGAAAUACAGAGUCCAGAGAUGACAGUUUUUCAUUCUGGGAGGGUAUGGAGAACUUCAGGCACACAUUUCUACACAGAGGCUGCUCCUCUGUAUUCUCGAGUCCUUCAUUUGCCAGCAGGAUAGGCUCCCCAGGAAGAGUUAGGGGGCUGACUGGGCAUAGAUCUAGACAAUACUUAGAACAAAUGCUUUUAUACUUUGGUUGGUUCUGAUAAUAACUUUCAAGAACCCUCCGUUGUGGCUGGACAGAAGGUGAGACCGCCCAGGCUGUAUGGCAGUGGCUUUGCACACUGCACUGUAGGGAAGGGAACACAGAGGACUGAUUCAUCUGUGGAAGGUGAGGGGUGUCUGACGCGACCCUUCCACUGAGGCCUGGCUUGUAUCCUGCUGCUGACGGUUAGAGCUGGGACUGACAUUGGCAUUUACGCAGCAGGCAAGCAGGGCUUGCUUGGGGCCAGCAGCUUGGGAAGGGAGGCCUGGCCUUGCGUCGAGGACUUGAGG